GGCGGUGCGGCGGCGCAGGCGUAGUGCGUCAUCCGCGGCCUGGCUGCCCUGACCGUUCAGGCAGACGCGUCUUGAGCGUGGUCGACCGUGGGGUCGGAACCUGUUUGGGGGGCAUGAGCCGAGGGGAAGACGCCGAGGCCAAGAGUAUUUUAUAGAGAUUGAUGGAAGCAGAAACCAAAACUCUUCCCCUGGAGAACGCAUCCAUCCUGUCAGAGGGUUCGCUGCAGGAAGGGCACCGGCUAUGGAUUGGCAACCUGGACCCCAAAAUCACGGAAUACCACCUCCUAAAGCUCCUCCAGAAGUUUGGCACAGUAAAGCAGUUUGACUUCCUCUUCCACAAGUCAGGUGCUUUGGAGGGACAGCCUAGAGGGUACUGUUUCGUGAACUUUGAGACUAAGCAGGAAGCAGAACAGGCUAUCCAGUGUCUCAAUGGCAAGCUGGCUCUGUCUAAGAAGCUGGUGGUGCGAUGGGCACACGCUCAGGUCAAGAGAUAUGAUCAUAACAAGAAUGACAAGAUUCUUCCAAUCAGCCUUGAGCCAUCCUCCAGCACUGAGCCCACUCAGUCUAAUCUAAGUGUCACGGCAAAGAUAAAAGCCAUUGAAGCAAAGCUGAAGAUGAUGGCGGAAAAUCCCGAUGCCGAGUAUCCAGCAGCGCCUGUUUAUUCCUACUUUAAGCCACCAGAUAAAAAAAGGACUACUCCCUAUUCCAGAACAGCUUGGAAAUCUCGAAGAUGAUGGCUGUGAGUCACUGUGGCAGGAAAAAAGCGUAUUGAUCUCCACACCUGAAAUCCGUUCUGCCUUUGUACUUUGUGGAUGUGACUGGUACUAUAAUGGAGCACAAUCACAUGUUAGAGUUUGGUAAAAUAACAUUUUUGGAUGUUCCUAUGGAUGUUUCUACCCUGAAGUAUGUGUGGAAUUGAGCAUCACCCAGAAUAAAUAAGAUUGUAUCCAAAAUUGUGAUGUGAACACUGGGAUGCUCUGGUUGUCUGGUUUGUUUGGAUUUGUAACUCCAGAAACACUGUAUCGUGUGCCAGAGAGAAAGGCAAACAUAAAAAAUGUUAUUAUUUAAAUCAGGAAACUAAAUUUAUUAUCGUCUGUCUUAAAAGAAAAUAGAACAUUUUUCUGGGCUCAAGUGUCUUAACAUAAAAGAGACAGGGAGGGAAGUGAGAGAUCUUGAGUCAUGUUCAGAACUGUCGUUCCAGAAUCCACUCUGGAAAGCCCUCCAACUGGACUAAAAAGGAAAAAGUUCCUGGCAAAAGGGAGCUGGUUCUUUGAGCAAGUGUUGUGGUAAUCUGUUUAAGAAUUACGCGUAUUGUUUUAAAAUCCCAAUUAGGAAAAUAUGGUGUAUAUCUUAAAAUUGUUUGUGCCAACAAAACUGUAGAAUCAAAUUUAGCAUUUGGUACCACAACGGAAACCCUAUUUGGGAAUCCCACUUUUAUUCUAUAGUGAUCAUUUUUUUUUAAUCUAAAUAAUCCUGACUUCUAUAAUACCAAAUAUCAUUAUUAACAUGGGACUUUUAAAAUGCACUUAGUUACUGCAUGAGAUUGUUUUUAUAGCAUGAGAUGUUCUAUUUGGAAUUGUAUCAUGGUCAGUCUAAAUAGAAAAGAAAAUUUUCUUUGAAAACCUAAACGUUUCUAUAUUGAUCUUUAUCAAUCAUCAUUAAUAAUAAUUGUUUAGGGGUCUGAGUGGAAGAAUUUGGAUUAUCUUACGUGGGGUGAGCAGGGGACGUGCAGAGGUCACAGUCAGAGGGGCAGGUACUACCCUGGCACCAAGGUGGUAAUGACCUCAUGUUUUAUGUAGUUUUUAAAGGUUUGAAGGGCGGCAUGGCUUUAACAGCAAGGAGAGAAAAAGAAGGCGUGUUUAUUUGGUAGUGCGACUUAGGAGAGUCCCCCUCAGCAGUGGGGGUCAUUUUGGUGCCCGCUGACAGGCCGUGGCCCUGGGCAGCACUGUUACUUCUUUACCAGGUCAAUUUUUUUUUUUAAUCUUAGGUGCCAUUCUUAGUGAUUACAGACUUUUUACCAUUACCCUUCUUAGCAAGAGGAAGCUUUCACUAUAGGAACUUAAGUCGUCCUAUGAGCAUAAAUGAAUUUAAGACACUUGAUCCAAAACGUCAACAUAGUGAGGUUUUAGAAAUCACAGGACUAGUUCAGAGUUCUUCCCACAUUUCCCAAGGUACAUCUUUUUAGAUAUCUUUAGGUAUUCAAUACUUCUGCGUUUAUUAGCUCUGUCUAUGAUGCAAAUAACUCUCCUUCCACUUGGGGGAUAGUUCCGGGAGGUGGGAGCAUCAUCUCCUAUCUUUCUGGUGACUUAGAGUAUAGAGUUCACCACUUUAUCCGCAAGUCCUCAAGGGGUUGCGGUGGAGUAGGACUUCCUUGAUGCAAAAUAGUCUUCUAUUUUUAAUAGGAACUUAGAAAAUACUUGACUUUGAAUUAUCUAGAGUUGUUUCCUUUAGAAACCAGAACUAUUUAUUUGUAUUUAAAUCAAUGUUUAUUAUUUGUACCAAUUCUUAUUCCUCUGUGUGAAUAAAUGUCAGACUGUGCAGUUGUGUCUUCUCGCAUCUGUUUUCUGGAAUAAACUGCAAUUCUCUUGA